AUGCGCAGACGGGACAGUUCCCGCACCCCGCAUCGCGGCAUCCACCAUGCUGACAUCAGGCAACCCAUCAGCAACUAUCGCAUCACGAGGGCGGCCCACGAGCUCGUUACGUACUUCGCCGUCAACGACGAGCCCGAAGAGUGCCACCAGGCGACUACCGUUGCCUCCUGCGAGGCGCAGAUACGCCGCAUAUGGUACGAGCCGCCUGAAUCCUCCGUUUACGAUCCAGACCUGUACAACGUCAAGACGAAGUGGAUGCCAGAACAAGUCUACAUGGUUGCCAUUGAGUUGACCACGUAUUUUGACUGGACAGAGAUCGACGGAGCGAAUGCGGAUGAGGACGCCAUGCGUGCUCAUCUCAAAGAACGUGUACACAGAGACAUUUACCAGAACAGAACGGACAUGCCGCAAGUCUCCGCUGAUGCGCGCAAGAUCGAGGCGCGCACGCAGUUCCUGCUGCAGUCGCAGGCAGCGGCGCUCAGACGUGGCCUGCGGACAACGCCAGACAGCUUUCAGCGCGCAGCUGUUGAGCAGUGGCCGCUUCACGUGUACGAGGCUGCGGCGCAUGCCCUGAACAUCCGCACGGAGCGCGACUCCGACAUCAGGAACAAGCAGGUGCUCGCGUCGGGCUUGAAGGAACAUGCGAAGCAGGACCUCGCCAUCGCCGAGAUCGGGGCGACGCCAGCCGAACGAAAGGCAGCGCGGCAGCCGUGCGCGGUCGGCUCCGCCUCGGCGUGGCCCGCGCGGCGCGAGCGCAGGCUGGCGGCGCGCCAGGGCGAGCUGGUGCGUGCGCGCGCGGCGCCAGCUGUCCUUGCGCGUGCUCCCGCCGCCGACCUCGAGGCUAGGAUCCAGGCAGAAGUCGAGCAGCGCCUCGCCCUCAUCGAACCGUGCAUCGACCACGGGUUCAGGGCGGCCAUGCAAGAGGACGAGGAGGUGCGGGAACUCACGACGACUGUUCCCCCGAAGUCCCGCCCGCUGGUCGCGGGGAAGAGGGGCGCGGCGGCGCGCCAGGUCAGGGUGCGGGCCGCCGACAUCGCCAAAAUGACCCAAAAGGAGCUCAACGCUUCGCAGCGCGGGGUUCGGAAGGCGGCGAGGAACCCUGGGGCGCGGCGCGCGACGCCCAGGCGCCAGCCGCCCAGGCGCGUGCCUGCCAGCCGCUCGGCCGCCGAGGCGGCCCCGUGCAGGGCCGGCCGUGGAGAUGGUGCUGGGGCCUCGCGGAGGCGCUUGGCGGUGUUCCGCGGUCACUUCCUGUUCGGCGAGGCCGUCCAGUUCGGGCCUGCGCCGUUGGCAGCUCGAGCAACACGUUCGGAGAAGGAGUUCCACGGAGAGCUCUCUAAGGCUUUCGUCGACACCGUCGCGCAGGCCGCGUGCCCAGGUGGGCAUCGGCUUCAUGUGGCGUCGUGCAGCAGACGCAUCCCUGAUGCAGGCGGCGGCGGUGCCGUCGAGCGGUUGGACCCGUUGCUGAACCCGCUGAGGGCUGUGCUGACCAGCUUUUCAUGCGACAGCUGCGGACUCUUCGACCCCGACGGAGCGCCUGGUGGUGGGUCCUCGAGCAGCGGGGGCUUCCGCUGCAGAGGUUGCCGUGGCGGCGGGCGCCUCGCCUCCGAUCAGAGGUUCGCGUACGUCUCUCUGAUCUACGGCGCCUCCCCGUCGUACGCGCUCGGUGCCCUGGCGCUCGGUCAGAGCCUGCAGGCCACGGGCACCCUCCACGACCGCGUGAUGCUGCACGCCUCCGACGUCCCGGAGGAGUCGCGGCGGCUUCUCGCCACGCUGUGGCGCCUGCAGGAGGUGCCAUACAUCAUGUCGGCGCCAGAUUUGCACACGCAGCCCUACGAAUCCGCCAAAUUCAAGGAGGUGUUCACGAAGCUGCACAUCUUCAACCCGGCCGUGCUGCCGUACGACAAGGUCGUGUUCCUGGACCUGGACACCCUGGUCCUCAGAAACAUCGACGACCUCUUCGAGCUGCGGCCACCGGCGGCGAUGUGCAACGUGAAGUCCAGGGGCGGUCGCGCCAGGUCUCCGCCAAGGCAUGGCGAGCGGAUGGAAGCGAGGUCGUGCUACUUCAACGCUGGGACGGUGCUGGUUGCCCCGAGUCAGCGGCUCUUCGAACUCUUGGUCAUGGAUGCGAGAGAGCCAGACCCGGUCUGGCAUCGGGGGGCGUGGGCACCCGAGCAGCAGUACCUGUCCGUGGUACUGGCCGGGGAGUGGAGCCACGUCAGUCAGCUGUACAACCUGGAGGUGCAGCUGCACUCCGGGGUGCCGCUGUCGCGCCAGUGGGAGGGCGCCCAGGCCAUCGACGUGGCCGUCGCCCACUUUUCCGGGGCCCGCAAGGUCUGGGACUGCCCGCCUGAGCAGCCCACCUGCGUGAUCGGCAGCGAGUGGGCGAGCGGGCGCCGGUCUGACGCCACAACCUCGUCCCCAGUCAUGGGCUCGCCGGCCGACAAUGGGGAUGCUCUUGCUCAGAUCAUGGCCAGGUUCAAUGCUGUCGAUCAGGGACUCGCCGAAUGCAAGAUGCUCAGCGAGAGGGUCCAGGCCAACGAAGCCAAGAUGGCCCAGUUCGAGGAGAGCACCAACAGGAGCUUCGCCGAACUACACUCCAAGAUAGACGCCAUGAACACAGGCGUCCCCAGCGACAAAGCCGACAUCCUCGUCAAACUGCAGGAUCAGCUGAUGCAGACGCAGUUCGAGGCGCACUACUCAGUCCUCAAGACGAAUCUCCCAUCGGAGCUCGCGUCCAAGGUGACGCCAAAAUUCCAGAAUUUCAAGUACUCGUACGCAAUCGAUUUCGAGAACAAGGCUCAGGCUGACAGCUGCUGGGGCCACUUCAAAGGCAUCGCGAUGAGAUGGAUCGACCCACAGACAUCGCAGACCCACGACCUUCGGCUCGGCAAAGACCAGCCAUUGCCUGUCAGGCACAAGGCCUACGCCCUGGGCCUCGCCUACAACAUCAUCCAGGCCGAGAUGAAGAGUAAGAAGUUGUGGAACGCAUCCUCCAUGAAGCUCGGCACCAACCCAUUCCAAGGCAUCCUCUACCUGAUGGAGAACGGCGACCCAUACGAGAUGGUCAAGCUGAAGGAUGUGAACAGCAACUGCGACGGGCGCUUCGAGAUCGACGUAGACGCCACGAGCUUCAAGCACUUCCAUCUGGAGGAAUCGUUCACGAACGGGAUCUCAGACCGUGUCCAGGCGCUGCUGGCGGAGUAG